UAAACUCCUUCAUAGCUACCUUUGCUAAUGUAAGCAUUCCAGGAGCUCAAAUUAAUCAUGCCGCUACACCUACUGGGCAAAAAGUCUUGGAACGUCUACAAUGCGGACAACAUCGCCCGUGUCCGUCGCGAUGAGGCUGCCGCAAAGGCCAAGGAGGAGGCCGAGGAGCAGCGCAUGCAAGAAGUCGAUGCCGAGCGCCGACUAGCUAUCUUACGGGGCGAGGAGCCACCGCCACUGCCUCCAACAGAGGAAACCCCUGACGAUGAGCCAAGACGUCGGGACCGUGACGCCGGUUCGUUCGGCAGGGAGAGAAAGAAGCGCAAGCGCGCUGGCGAGGACGAUACUGACUUUGAGUUACGUGUUGCAAGAGAGCGUUCAGGCGUCGUGCAGACAGCCAACGAGACCUUGCGCAAGUCAACCAGCUCUGCGCCCAUCGUAGAUGCAGCUGGGCACAUUGAUCUCUUUGGCGAAGAACGGAAACAGGGUCGUCAUCUAAAGAAUGAAGAGGCGGAGAAGGAAGCGGCAAAAAAGAAGAAGGAAAUGGAGGACCAGUACACAAUGCGAUUAUCGAAUGCGGCCGGCAAGGACGGUAUGGUCGGCCCUUGGUACGCAGCAUCUGGGUCAAGAGCUGAACUCGCAGAGCUCGAGCCCGCCGGCAAGGACGCAUUUGGCAACGAAGACCCAGGGAGGAAGAAGAGAGACGAACAGAGGAUAGUAGCGAAUGACCCUCUUGCCAUGAUGAAGAUGGGAGCAUCCAGAGUGAGAGAGGUGAAGAAGGAGCGCCAAAGAUUUGAAGCUGAGCGUCAGAAAGAACUUGAGCAGCUGCGCAAAGAGGAGAAGCGAAAGGAGAGACAUGAGCGGCGGAGACGAGAGCACCGGAGGGACCAAGAACGCCACCCUCGAGAUUGGUCUCGUGAAAAGGAUGAUGGUGAAGCCAGAUCCCGAUCGAGGAGGGACGAAGAACGCCAUCCUCGGUCCAGUCGAGACGACGAGCGCCGUCGGAGCAGAGAUCGUCAUCAAGAAGAGAGAAGUCACCGACACGGAAGAAGGGACGAAAUCGAUAGGCGAUCCAGAAGAGAUGAAAGGAGCCGCCAUGAAGGAAAAGGUGAAACGAAGCACGAACGAAGCAAACGAGACUCUGAUUCACGACAACGAGAUGACCACCGACGGCCAGGAGAACCUCAAGAGCCAGACAAGUUUUAAUAAUAGCAGUAAGAAUGAUAUAUCUAUCUACAAGAGAAGGGCAGAAAACAGCUAGUUGUGAUACCGAAGCCAAGCCGGUCACGGGCGGUCAUCGAAACUCUUAGUUCGAGCAAAUUAGGCCGACUUGCACAACUUGCCAGUAUUGAGAUUGUAGUCCCAAGCAUCGCUUCCGACACCCGACAAGACGAACAGACUCUCUGUAGGGUCAUACUUUCUCUUGAUCUCAACCAAACGGUCGUAGGAAGCACCGUAAAAGUCUUCCUUGAACAUGGAGUCAAAAGCGUUGCCCUCGUUCAUGUAUGAGCCAGCACCUGGUGCCCACUCGCGCCAGAUGGGCUCCUUUGUCUCUUCCAGCCACUGCGCUACACCAUCGAGAGCCUCCUGGGGCGCUGCGUUGGGAUCCGCCGACGCGCCGUAGCUCAUCAGGUGGAUGUAUGUAGAGCGCCACAUCGGGUUGAGGGCACCUCGCAUCACCUCGGGGACGUUGCGAGGCCCCAGCCCGCCUUGCAGACCGAUGACCAUGAGGGCGCUACCCGUGGGGUUCUGCGGCACGUUGAGACGCUGGAGGUACGCAGAGACGGCCGACACCGGAGUCUCCACGAGUUCCUUGCGUCCGAGGAGGCGACUCGUCAUCAUCCCAGCCCCGGCUGUGCUGGGCGACGUGUUCAGGCUCUCGAAGAAGCUCAUAAAGUCAGGCUGCGACGAUGGCUCGCUCAGGGUGAUGGAGACGGAGUUGUUGCCCACCUCAGCAAGGAUGCGGGAUCUGACGGGCUCGAGGAGCGAGGCCAUCUUCUCUGCUGUUGUGUUGUACGCGAAGAAGCCAAUGGAGGCACUGACCUUGCGGACAGUCUCGGACGAGUUGGCGGGUAGAGCUCCGGCGCUGAACAUGCCGGUCCCGGUGAGGGUCGCGUCCAUCAAGUCAGGCACACUGGCGAGCAGGGCCGCGGCACCUCUCCAAGCCGCCUCUCUGGAGGCAGUGUCGUUGCCAACGGCCGAUACUUGGAUGCCGCUCGAGACAACAUUGCCCGGCGGGGGGUUCGCCUUGAUGACGUACUCGGAGACGAGACCAUACUGGCCGGCGCCGCCGCCGCGGACGGCCCAGAGAAGGUCCUGGUUUUGCGCCUCGUUGGCGACGAGGAUCUGGCCGUCGGUCGUCACGACGCGCACUUGCAGGAUCUGGUCUGCUGCGAGGCCGUAUGUGCUCGAGAGGGGACCGUGGCCGCCUCCCUGCAUAUGUCCGCCGACUCCGACUGUCUCGUCAACGCCCCCGACGACGACCUUGCCGAACUUGGCUGCUCCUCGAGAGGCAGAGCCCCAGUUGUGGCCGCUUCCCAGGGUGAGUGCCGUCUCGGUUCUGUUAUCGCUGGGAGAUCUCCACUCGGGGUGGUAUUCGAGUUGUUUGAAGUUGUGAGUCCAGAUGGACAGCGAGUAGGCGCCGGAAGAGCUAGAGUCAGUUUAGUUCACUGAAAGCUCUGGGGAUGAGACUGAAGACACCUUACCGGCCGUUGAGGUCGUGCCCAGUCCCCUUGAUGACGAUGCGGAUGUUCCGCGAGCUGGCCCAGCCCAUGGCAGUGGCAACUUGCUCCUCCGUCGUGGCGUUCACAACAUACUGCGGCGAGCCGCCAAUCUCGCAACCCUUGGCCGCGGACUCACUCGGAGGGAGACACGAGUUGUUGGCAUAGAUGGGGGAGUCGAUGGACUCGGGAAGGGAUGCGUGAUAGGCGGAG